AUGACCGAUUCCGCCCCGCCAAAAGGGCUUUCCGCCAAGCUCGACAAGAAGCGCAAGAGACAAGCGGACGACUCUAAGCAGGACAACCCCGACACAGAAGCGCCUGCUGCAGCUCCGGCUGCCUCGGCAGAUGGUCCGACCAAGAAGAAGCGCAAGGCAAAGAAGAAGAAGCCCCAAGAGGAUGUGAAUGCAGGAGAUCGCAAGAACGGCAUCGACGAGUCUAUUGGACGAAUGGACGGCAGACUGCUAGCCGAUUACUUUGCCCAGAGAGCCCAGAAGCUGGAUAAGGAAUUGUCUGCUGUCGAAUUGACUGAUCUUUAUGUUGCCGACUCCACAUUCCUCGAUACGAGUGCCUACACCGAGACAAGAAGCCUGGAGAAGCUCCCCGAGUUUCUUAAGACAUUUAGCCCCAAGGGCUCGGACUUGUCAAAGUCAUCGGAGAAGAAGGGUACCCCUCAUACACUUGUGAUUACUGGUGCUGCCCUCAGAGCAGCGGACAUCGUCAGGGCUCUUCGUCCUUUCCAAACUAAGGAAUCCAUUGUCGGCAAGCUGUUCGCAAAGCACAUCAAGCUGGAUGAAGCGAAGCAGUUCCUCCAACGCGCACAGAUGGGUAUUGGUAUCGGAACACCAACCCGAGUGUCUGACUUGCUCGAAUCCGGCGAUUUGAAACUGAAUGAGCUGCAACGCAUUGUCAUUGACGGAUCGCACAUUGACCAGAAGCAGCGCGGUAUCUUUGACAUGAAGGACACGCAUUUCCCCCUGCUGAAGCUACUUACUCGACCCGAACUGCGUGAGCGGUAUACGGCUAAGAAGAACAAGACGCAGAUCUUGAUCUUCUGA